AUACGUCAUAGCGGCCGUUAGAGAGCAGGUGGCGCUGUUUGUCAACUUUCAGAUGAUUGCGAUGUUCAAAUAAUUGUUCAAGAAGGUUUUCCUCUUCCUCCGAUGUCACCCCUAGGCGGAGGCGUCAGUAGACGGGCAGCAGCAGCACCCCUCCCGGCCUCGAGCACCGUCACCAAACGCUCCAGGGAAACGAUCGCCAUAGUGAACCGCACGCGAAGCGCUCUGCUGAGGAUACCAGCGCAAGUUUGACCGAUAAAGGUCGGCCGAAGAAGCUGCGUGUUUUUCGUCUGAAAAGGCGGCUUGUGUUUGUGUGUGUUGGCGGAGAGUGGAAAGACGGCAUCCGGCCUCCGAGAAGCAGGCGAGGGCAGGGACUCGCGUCCAAACAACGUUUACCGUCUCUGGCCCCCCCUGCCUCAGAGGCCCAUGGAGAGGAUGAAGAGGUUUAAGAGACGUUUGUCGCUCACCCUGCGUGGUAGCCAGACGAUCGAUGAAUCGCUCUCGGAGCUGGCGGAACAGAUGACCAUUGAGGAGAACAGCAGCAAGGACAGCGAGCCCAUCGUGAGGAAUGGCCGGCCGCCCUCCUCCCACAGCAUGCACUCGUUUUUGCACCAGUACACGGGCUCCUUUAAGAAGCCUCCCCUGCGCAGGCCACACAGUGUCAUCGGGGGCAGUCUGGGGUCCUUCAUGGCCAUGCCUCGAAACGGCAGCCGUCUCGACAUUGUUCAUGAGAAUCUGAAGAUGGGUUCGGAUGGAGAGAGCGAUCAGGCCUCAGGGACGUCCUCGGACGAAGUGCAAUCGCCCACCGGCGUGUGUCUCCGCACCAGAAAUCAUCGGCGCAUAUCCAUGGAGGACCUGAAUAAACGCUUGUCUUUGCCUGCUGAUAUCCGGAUUCCUGACGGUUACCUGGAAAAGCUGCAGCUGAGCAGCCCGCCGUUUGACCAACCCCUCAGCCGACGGUCACGUAGAGCCUCGCUGUCAGAAAUCGGCUUUGGGAAACUGGAGACCUACAUCAAACUGGACAAGUUGGGAGAGGGGACGUAUGCCACCGUUUUCAAGGGGCGGAGCAAACUGACGGACAACCUGGUAGCUCUGAAAGAGAUCCGGUUGGAGCAUGAGGAGGGCGCUCCAUGCACAGCUAUUAGAGAGGUGUCAUUAUUGAAGGAUUUAAAGCACGCCAACAUCGUCACGCUUCAUGAUAUUGUCCACACGGACAAAUCCCUCACUCUGGUCUUUGAGUAUCUGGAUAAGGAUCUGAAGCAGUACAUGGACGAUUGUGGAAACAUCAUGAGCAUGCACAACGUUAAGAUUUUCCUGUUCCAGAUCUUGAGAGGACUGGCGUACUGCCACAGACGCAAGGUCCUGCACCGGGACCUGAAACCACAGAACCUGCUCAUCAAUGAGAGGGGUGAACUCAAACUGGCAGACUUUGGUCUGGCACGAGCCAAGUCGGUUCCCACUAAGACAUACUCUAAUGAGGUGGUGACCUUAUGGUACAGACCUCCUGAUGUACUACUGGGAUCCUCAGAGUACUCCACACAGAUCGAUAUGUGGGGUGUUGGAUGUAUAUUUUAUGAAAUGGCUGCAGGUCGGCCGCUGUUCCCAGGAUCCACCGUUGAAGAUGAGCUGCAUCUAAUCUUCAGGUUACUGGGUACACCUACAGAGGACAACUGGCCCGGCAUCUCAUCCAUCGAAGAGUUCAAAUCCUACAACUUCCCCAAGUACAAGCCUCAGCCGUUCAUCAAUCAUGCGCCCAGGUUGGAUACUGAAGGAAUAGAGCUGUUAUUGUCCUUUCUAAGGUAUGAGUCCAAGAAGAGGAUCUCUGCAGAUGAAUCAAUGAAACACUCCUACUUCAAGAGUCUGGGCAUGCGUGUGCACGCACUGCCAGAAAACAUAUCCAUAUUUACACUGAAGGAAGUGCAGCUUCAGAGGGACCCCGGUUACCGGAACUCCUCGUACCCAGAGACAGGCAACAGCAAGAACAGACGGCAGAGCAUGCUGUUUUAAACUGCGUUCCCUCACACUGUUGCCCAUCGCUCUCACACAAGCACACAAACACACACACACACACUUGACGGAUCAGUUCGACAGCUCUUACUCCGUGACUGUGUUGUAUAGACUAACAGACUUAGUCCCCCCUUGCUCACAGAGAGAGGGGUGUUUGUUGCGUGUGCAUGCGUGGUAUAGGGGAUUGGCCGAACCCGCUGUCUCCCCCACCACCCCCCAGUGUCCCGCCAUCCAGCAUGCAGUCUUGAGCCAGAGCGCCCAUCGGCCCCUCGUCUGGAUGCUCCUUCCCCUUCCCCUAUGUGAUGCUUAGGGUGUGCGAGCGUGUGAACGUGUAUAUAUUUAUUGACGGAGGGGUUGUUUUGCUGCUAAUUGACUACUGUCUCUACGUAACUUCCUCACUCUCGGGGCAACCCUCGUGGACCCAUCAGUCCCACGUUUUUGUUUUGUUUUAAAAGAACGAUUAUAAUUCUGUUGAAAGAAAAUGUUGGGAUCGCAGCUGUCGGUUUGUCAUUGUGUUGGUUUUACAGAGGUGGAAUGCCUAUACGAGUGUUUUGACUUUGCUUUUGGUUUUCUGGCAUGGCGAUUGCGCUUCAAACCGAGCGACAGACUCAAAACAUUCAUUCCAAAACCUCCAAUUUUAACGUAUCAUUUCAAGAAAAAAAGUGGAUUUGUUCCUCAAAGGCCGCGUCACGUGAACCAGGGACCAUCUCGACCAGGUGGACUUGCAAAAUGAGGGUGGAAAAAACAAACACUGGACCAGCAGGAACUUUGUGACCUCACCGUUUUGAACUGAGAACCGGACCAUCUCUCCUUUUGCAUUCAUUCAGAGUGAUCCUAUUGGAACUUAAGUGCUUGUAUGCCAGAUGUGUUUUUAAUUCUUUCUUUGACCUUUAGAGCUCCUGAUGCAUCAUCAAAACCAGUUUCUUCUAUUAAUAGAGCUCCUCUGUAGCUUACGAGUGUAUGCGAUGCUUGUAAAAGAGCGAGAAAGUGAGGUUGUAUGUGUGAAAAUGGAGAUCUGUAACUGUACAGAGCCAUUUAAAGGCUCCAUGCAAGCAAUGGCUAUGAAGAUGAGCUAGUUUCACUAACAGUAUUAAGAGAUUGUUUUUUUUUUAUGUUACAUAUUGACCCUUCUGUGAAUAAUGGUAUCUUAAUGUGGCAUGUUGGAGUCCGACUGUCCCACAUUUGUGCUUGAUUUUAUUCAGAAGAGAAAACGAUAUUGUGUAUAAAAGAAAAAAGGUAAUAACAACAACAACAAA